CACACACACACACACACACACACAGGGCUGAGCUUGCAGUAUCCGUGAGAUGAUCAGGAGCUACAGUGUAUUCACGCAGCCGCUCCAUUUUCACGCCGUUUAGUCUGCGUUCCUCUGCGGUUCCUCUGCGGUUCCUCUGCGUUCUUCGCCGCAGACCCUGGAGCGGAUUAAAGCACAUGAUACACAGGCGACGUGUGACGAGAGCUUCUGAGAAACGUCACGGCUUCUCACAGGGAGAGACAUUUACAGGUACAUAUGGGGCAAGGAGACGCCUCUGCGAGGAGCACGGCCAUGGAGGGCGACUGCCUCAGCUGCAUCAAGUACCUCAUGUUCAUCUUUAACUUCUUCAUAUUCCUCGGGGGAGCGUUUUUACUCGGAGUGGGAAUCUGGGUGCUGGUGGAUCCUACAGGUUUCCGAGAGAUCGUCGCAGCCAAUCCUCUGCUCUUCAUCGGCGUCUACGUGAUCCUGGCCAUGGGCUCCAUGCUGUUCCUGCUCGGCUUCCUGGGCUGCUGUGGGGCCAUACGGGAGAACAAGUGUCUGCUACUGUUUUUCUUCCUGCUCAUCCUCAUCAUAUUCCUGGCAGAGCUCGCUGCGGCCAUUUUGGCCUUCAUAUUCCGGGAGCACCUCACCAGAGAUUAUUUCACCAAGGAGCUGAAAGCACAUUAUCAAGGCAGCAACAAUACGGAGGUCUUCACCGCCACCUGGAACACCAUCAUGGCUACGUUUGAAUGCUGCGGCGUGAACAGCGCUGAUGAUUUCGAUCAGCAGAGCCUCUUCAGACGCCUGAACCCCGGCAGAGCCGUUCCUGAGGUCUGCUGCCUGAGGAACGAGCAGCUGAUGAACGUGGACGAGUGUCUCAGGGGCAACAUGCCCUUUCGCAUCAAGGGCUGUUAUUCGGCUGUGGUGGAUUACUUCGAGGCGUACAUCUACAUGGCAGGAGCUCUCGCUAUCGUCGUCCUGACCAUAGAACUCUUCGCGAUGGUGUUCGCCAUGUGUUUGUUCCGAGGGAUCCAGUAACCCGUCCGCGUUCUACAGAAGGACAUUUCAAAAGACAAAUGGCUCAAAAAGAAGACACGCUUGUGUAUAUAUACAUCGUCUGUCUGUUUCCGAGGUGCCCACUGUGACCAAAUUGUACAGCUGGAACUUCCCUGGUUUUGUGAAAGGAAGGAGAACGUUAGAGCAGAAGAUUUCACUCCAGUGGCGACAUCGUGUCGUGGUGCAGCCCUUUCACACGGAUAGAGGAAGAUCUUGCACUGACGUCUGAAUGGAUAUUUAUAGAGGAGAGUUCAUGUUUGUACGGAAUUAAAUACACGUUUUACCUUCUUCUUCAGCACCGCAUCGAGCCACACUAAAACUCUUUUCACAGUGUGUGUGUGAGAGCACGUUUCUGUGUGUGUGUGUGUGUGUGAUCAGAAGCCUGCAUCUUCUAUAGUGUAAAGUGCUGUGUAUUGCAACUGUGUAUAUUUUAUGUGAUUUUAGUAAUGUGUUGUAAGCAUUUGUACUUAUAUCCAUGAUGCCUGUUAUAUGUGACACUGAUUGGUAUUAAAAAAAAAACGAAAAACGA